AUGCACCUCCCUUUAUCGUCGUUUCUAGUUUCUAGUUCACUUCUCCCCAUCUUCCCCCUCCCUCCCCCCCUCUUCCCCCCAACUCUAUUCCCCAUCUCAUCUCCUUACCACUCACCGCUCAUGUCUCCUCUGUUCUUCACUCUAUUCCCCCCAUCCUCCCCUCCCUUCCCCCACCUCCGCUUCCCCCCCUCUCCCCCUCCCCUCUCUUUUCCCCGCUUUCAUUGCAUAUCCGUACCGCUCACACCUCAUCUCCCCUUCGCUCAAUGCCCCGCGCCCUUUCCUCGUUUCCUCCCCUCCCCCCCCCCCCCCUUUCCGUCCCUGCUUUUGUCGCAUAUCGUUACCAUAUAUCCCUCAUCUCCCCUCUGCUCUUUGCUCAAUUCUCCCCGAUCUCUCAUCCCCACCCUGCUGCCAGCUCAUCUCCACUCCGCUCUCCUCUCAUCUCCCCUCCCCCUCUCUUCCCCGUUCACCCCUCAUUUCCUUUCUUUCCCUUUUUUCUCCACCUCCCACUGCUGCAUUCCCCCCUUCACUCGCCCCUCAUUUCCCCAGCUCUCCGCAUCUCCCCCCCACUCACCCCUCAUCUUCCCUCCGCUCUCCCUGCAUCUCCCCACCGCACCCCUCACCCCCCUUUCUCUCACCCCUCAUCUCUCCAUCCCCAUGGCCUGA